CUAAAACACAGAAGAAGUCGUCUGUAUUAUUUGUGUUUUGAACUUGAACCGACCGCACGUAGGCUAAAGAAAGUUGUCGUUUGACGUUUCGGUACGUGAACCGGAGUGAUGGAGGCCCUUAUACCGGUCAUAAACAAACUGCAAGAAGUGUUCAACACUGUCGGCGCAGAUAUAAUGCAGCUACCGCAGAUAGUUGUUGUGGGAACUCAGAGCAGUGGGAAGAGUUCUGUCUUGGAGAGCCUUGUUGGCAGAGACAUCCUGCCUCGUGGUACUGGCAUCGUCACACGCCGCCCCCUCAUCCUUCAGCUUGUGCACAUCGACUCAGAAGAUUGCAGAAAAACCACUAUAGAGAAUGCAUCCAAUUACAAGACAAAUGGGCGCCUUUACAGAGGGAUUGAUGGAGAUGAGUGGGGAAAAUUCCUACACACUAAAAACAAGAUCUACCCAGAUUUUGAAGAGAUCAGGCAUGAAAUUGAAACAGAGACUGAAAGAAUUACUGGGAGUAAUAAGGGUAUUAGCGCUGAACCCAUUCACUUGAAAAUUUUCUCACCACAUGUUGUGAACCUGACGUUGGUUGACCUUCCUGGUAUUACAAAGGUACCUGUGGGUGAUCAACCCAAAGACAUUGAGAUCCAAAUCAGAGAAUUGAUCCUCAAGUAUAUUUCUAAUCCAAAUUCCAUUAUCCUGGCUGUGACUGCUGCUAACACAGACAUGGCAACCUCUGAGUCCCUCAAAAUAGCUCGAGAAGUUGACCCUGAUGGCAGGAGGACACUGGCAGUAGUGACCAAAUUGGAUCUGAUGGAUGCUGGUACAGAUGCCAUGGAUGUGUUGAUGGGCAGAGUCAUUCCUGUCAAACUGGGCAUUGUUGGAGUAGUUAACAGGAGUCAACUGGACAUCAGUCACAAGAAGUUGGUGUCAGAUGCCAUCCGUGAUGAGUAUGCCUUCCUACAAAAGAAGUACCCCUCUCUGGCAAACAGAAAUGGAACAAAAUAUUUGGCAAGAACAUUGAACAGGUUGCUCAUGCACCACAUCAGAGACUGUCUUCCUGAGUUGAAAACAAGGAUCAAUGUGCUGGCAGCCCAGUACCAGGCUCUGCUCAACAGCUACGGUGAACCUGUGGAUGAUAAGAACGCCACGUUGCUGCAGCUCAUCACCAAGUUCGCUGCAGAGUACUGCAACACCAUAGAGGGCACGGCAAAGUAUAUCGAGACAGCUGAAUUAUGUGGCGGGGCAAGAAUUUGUUAUAUAUUCCAUGAGACAUUUGGUCGCACCUUGGAGUCCGUAGAUCCUUUGGGUGGUCUGACAACUAUCGAUGUACUCACAGCAAUCAGAAAUGCAACGGGUCCCAGACCUGCUUUAUUUGUUCCUGAGGUUUCGUUUGAGCUGCUGGUGAAGAGGCAGGUCAAACGUCUCGAGGAACCCAGUCUGCGCUGUGUGGAGUUAGUUCAUGAGGAGAUGCAGAGGAUUAUCCAGCACUGCAGCAACUAUAGCACACAGGAGUUACUGAGGUUUCCAAAGCUCCACGAUGCCAUAGUAGAAGUGGUCACCUCCCUACUUAGAAAAAGACUUCCAGUCACUAAUGAAAUGGUUCACAACCUGGUGGCGAUAGAGCUGGCCUACAUCAACACCAAGCACCCAGACUUUGCUGAUGCCUGUGGUCUCAUGAACAAUAACAUAGAAGAGCAGAGACGCAGCAGAAUGAGAGACCUGCCCUCUGCUGUUCCCAGAGACAAGUCUCAUAAAGGCCCAGGUGGACAUUCUCUGUCUACCACUGAGCCACCUCUCCCUGAGGGUGAGGCUGCCAAGGCUGCAGCCAGUAGCUCUCAGGGUGGCUUGACAGGCGAGCAGGUGGACAGUGGGAUGGGGAACUGGAGAGGCAUGCUGAAGAGAGGAGAAGACGUUGUGGUUGGAGAAAGGACUAGUGUCCAUAAUCCACUCACUGCAAGCCCACAGAAGGGCCACGCUGUCAACCUGCUUGAUGUGCCUGUUCCAGUGUCGAGGAAGUUGUCUGCUCGAGAGCAGAGAGACUGUGAGGUCAUUGAGAGACUAAUCAAGUCAUACUUCCUUAUUGUCCGGAAAAACAUCCAGGACAGUGUACCAAAGGCGGUGAUGCACUUUUUGGUGAACCAUGUGAAGGACUGCCUGCAGAGUGAGCUGGUGGGUCAGCUUUAUAAGACGGCCCUGCUGGAUGACCUGCUCAUAGAGUCUGAGGACAUGGCUCAGAGACGCACCGAGGCUGCAGACAUGCUCAAGGCAUUACAGAAAGCCAGCCAGGUGAUAGCAGAGAUCAGAGAAACACACCUGUGGUGAGUGCAACUCCUCUUCCCCC